CAUGAAACUUUCGUUACCACACUCUAAGCGCAACCCUUUCCUAUAUAUACAAACACCGAUGAAUGACUCUCACAAACCAAGCCCACCAUCUCUCUAGAAUUCCCAUAUGGCUUAUAACAAAAAAACCAAUAAGCCCCAUUAUCACAAAACACCCUUUUCUCUCGUCAUUGUCUUCAUAUCAAUAUUAUGCAUUUCAUUUGGUGUCAAUGAAGCUCGUUCACCGUUCGCAUGUGACCCCAAAAAUGGGCUGACGAGAAACCUCAGGUUCUGCAAAGCAACGUUGCCAAUACAAGUGAGAGUGAAGGACUUGAUCGCACGGUUGACAUUGCAAGAGAAGAUAAGGCUGCUUGUGAAUAAUGCUGCGGCUGUGCCUAGGCUUGGCAUUCAAGGCUACGAGUGGUGGUCUGAGGCUCUUCAUGGUGUCUCCAAUGUGGGUCCUGGUGUUAAGUUUGGUGGGGCCUUUCCUGGUGCCACUAGUUUCCCUCAAGUCAUCACAACCGCUGCUUCUUUCAAUGAGUCGCUUUGGGAGGCAAUUGGAGCGGUAGUGUCUGAUGAAGCUAGAGCAAUGUACAAUGAAGGAACAGCUGGUUUGACAUAUUGGAGCCCAAAUGUGAACAUAUUAAGAGACCCUCGAUGGGGUCGGGGGCAAGAGACUCCCGGUGAAGACCCCAUUGUAGUCGGAAAAUAUGCUGCCAGAUAUGUCAGGGGACUUCAAGGUUAUGCAAAAGGAAACAGGCUUAAGGUUGCUGCAUGUUGCAAACAUUACACGGCCUACGAUCUUGAUAAUUGGAAUGGGGUCGAUCGGUUUCAUUUCAAUGCAAAAGUCAGUCCGCAGGACUUGGCAGACACCUACAAUGUGCCAUUCAAAUCCUGUGUGUUGCAAGGGAGGGUUGCAAGUGUUAUGUGCUCAUACAAUCAAGUCAAUGGAAAGCCCACUUGUGCUGAUUCUUAUCUACUUAAAAAUACCAUUCGUGGAUCAUGGCGUUUAAGUGGGUACAUUGUCUCGGAUUGUGACUCUGUAGGGGUUCUAUUUGACAACCAACACUACACGAGAACACCUGAAGAAGCAGCUGCAGAAACUAUCAAAGCAGGGUUGGAUUUGGACUGUGGACCAUUCUUGGCAGUGCACACACAAGGGGCCAUAAGUAAAGGCUUGCUUAAAGAGUUUGAUGUGAACAAUGCAUUAGCAAACACAAUUACAGUCCAAAUGAGGCUGGGCAUGUUUGAUGGUGAGCCAUCAGCACAGCCUUAUGGCCAUCUGGGCCCAAGAGAUGUAUGCACCCCAGCCCACCAAGAGUUAGCCCUUGAGGCUGCUCGACAGGGCAUUGUUUUGCUUAAAAAUCGCAAGUCUUCACUGCCAUUAUCCACCAGGCGCCACCGGACUGUAGCAGUCAUUGGGCCCAAUUCUGAUGCUACAGUUACAAUGAUUGGAAAUUAUGCUGGUAUUCCAUGUGGCUACACAACACCAUUACAAGGCAUAGGGAGAUAUGCUAAGACCAUUCACCAAGCUGGGUGCGCAGGGGUUGCCUGCAAUGGGAACCAACAAUUUGGAGCCGCAGAGGCUGCAGCCAGGAGAGCCGAUGCAACUGUUUUGGUAAUGGGACUUGACCAAAGCAUAGAGGCAGAAGCCUUAGACAGGGUAGGGCUACUCUUACCAGGACACCAACAAGAGCUUGUUGCAAGGGUUGCCAAGGCCUCUAAAGGACCCACUGUGUUGGUGUUAAUGAGUGGUGGCCCUAUUGAUGUGUCCUUUGCUAAGAAGGAUCCAAGAAUCAGUGCCAUAAUAUGGGCUGGCUAUCCUGGUCAGGCUGGAGGAACUGCCAUUGCUGAUGUUUUGUUUGGUACAACAAAUCCAGGAGGAAAGCUGCCUAUGACAUGGUACCCACAGGGCUAUGUACAAAAGGUGGCAAUGACAAACAUGGCAUUGAGAGCAGACCAAUCAAAUGGCUAUCCUGGAAGAACCUACAGAUUCUACAAGGGCCCAACAGUGUUUUCUUUUGGGCAAGGUUUGAGCUACACCUCAUUCAACCACAAAUUAGUCCAAGCUCCAAAAGAAGUUUCAGUAACCCUCACCAAAUUCAAUGUCCCAAUAAACUCAACCAUUUUAAGCAAUGGGAUCAAGGCCAAGCACACCAAUUGCAACAAACUCACACUUGGUUUUCACAUUGAUGUAGAAAAUACUGGAACUAUGCACGGGACUCAUAGUCUACUUGUGUUUUCAACCCCACCCUCUGGUACAUGGUCCACGAACAAGCAAUUAGUGGGCUUUCAAAAAGUCCAUGUACCAGCUGGGUCUAAGCAAAGGGUGUGGUUUGGUAUUCAAGUGUGCAAGCAUCUCAGUGUGGUUGACAAUUUUGGAACUCGAAGAAUUCCAAUGGGUAAUCAUAAACUUCAAAUUGGAGACCAAAAACAUUCAAUCUCAGUCCAAUUAUCAACAACACAUCAAGUCUAAAAAGUCAUCAUAGUAUGGUGAUCACAUCAAUGCUCGAUGACCCUAUAUAUAUUUGUUCCUCUAAUUCCUUUCCCAUUAAACCAUAAGGAAAAGAAAAAACAAUAUUGGUCCAAAAGUGGACAUAAUAUUGUAAGAUUAUAAAUAGAAUGAGAAAGAUCAGAAUAGUAUUUGGAAUUGUAAUUGUAAUUGUUCUAUUAUAAAAGUCAAGCCUCAAUCCAUUCCAAGUGUAAAAAGAAAAAAAGAAAGACAAAGAUGGAAACAUUUUCACAGUUUGGAUUUGUAUUUCUUUCUGUUCAAGGGAUUUUUGGAACAGAUGUAUUGACCUUGUGAUUCCUUAUUUGUAUCAUUAUUACAUGUAAACCAAAGUAUUUGAAAUCUUUGAAUAUUAAAAUUAUUGAUUGGAAUUUA